GCUGCUGGCGGCGGUGGUAGUAGUGGUACCACCUACAAGGCUUCCUUCACCCAGUACGGCAGCGGUGACACCUUUGGCAGUGGAAACUGCAACACUGAUACCACUGCUUGCGGUUUCUACACCAACCCCGGCUACUCCGCCGCCCUCUCCCAAAACGCCUUUGGUGUCGGCCCUGGAGCAGGCGCCGGCCCCGGCUGCGGCACCUGCUGGAAGCUGACCGCUCAAACCGACAGCUCCGGCAACAAGCUGUCCAAUGCAGGCAACAGCAUCGUCGUCCAAGUCACCAACCUGUGCCCUGCCUCUGGCAACCCUCUGUGCUCCCAGAAUGGCUUGCAAGGAACCAACCAAUACGGCGCCAACCUCAACUUCGAUCUGUGCUUGAACUCUGGUGCCAACACUGCGCUGUUCGGUAAUUCUGGCGUCGGAUUGGCUGUGGGUACUGCUGUGCAAGUUUCUUGCAACCAGUGGAGUGGUACUGUUGUG